AUGGCAAGGCAGCGUCGGUUGUUCUUGCAUCCCCGUGACGAAGAAUUUUCGCGUUGGUUUCGCUUCACUUGGGAAGGUAUCACGAACUUCUAACUGUGAAUAUUUACUUGCUCUUUUGUUGUCAUGCUCCAAUCAAACUAGCUCAGAAGCUAAAAAUAUCGAUCGAAUGAGUAUGUGAAGGUUUGGAAGAUUUGGGACGGGUAAAAGACAUUUCAUAACUCAAGCUUAGCGAGGGAGGUGUUCUCCAUUAGGGCAGACCAUUUCGCGGAGAAUGAGGCAGUCGCGAGAUACGUUUGAAUUUUAAAGCCAAACUCACACUUAAGUUAGCAUUUAGAAACCUGAAAAAAGUUCGAUGACGGGCGUUAUCCCUUUUUUUAUUAGUCCCAGAGAGAAUGAUAGAGUCUUGUAAAGUGGUUCUAACUUUUGAGGCUGUGGAAAAAAAAUCUUGUGGUGUACCCCAUUCAAAUGAAACCUCUUCAGCAGUACUUUCACAUGGUACUAUUUAUUUAGUAUGUAGUUCUAACUUUUGAGUCUGUGGAUGAAAUCCUAUGGUGUUACCAUUCAAAUGAAACCUCUUCAGCAGUACUUUCACAUGGUACUAUUUAUUUAGUAUGUAGUUCUAACUUUUGAGUCUGUGGAUGAAAUCCUAUGGUGUUACCAUUCAAAUGAAACCUCUUCAGCAGUACUUUCACAUGGUACUAUUUAUUUAGUAUGUAGCUCUAACUUUUAAAUCUGUGGAUGAAAUCCUAUGGUGUGACCAUUCAUGAGACGUCUUUGGCAGUAAUUUCACAUGGCCGGUACAGUAGUGUUCGUUUAGUAUGUAGCUCUAAUUUUUAAAUCUGUUGACAAAAUCCUAGGGUGUAACCAUUUAUUUAAAAUGAAACCUCUAUAUUAACAAUUUCACAUGAUGCUAUCAGGAUUCAUGUUUAAUCCAGCAUUUCACAAAAAAUUGUGUCAAAUUGUGUGUUAUGCCACUUUUGAGAGUGAAGGGAUUAAAAUUCCAACUCACUGAAAAAAAACGGUCUUUAAGUCCGGUCUCUUGAUUCUUGCAGCUUGUGAAGUGUGUGGAGACAGAUGUACUGGAAAGCAUUAUGGAGUGUACUCAUGCGAUGGGUGCAGUGGAUUCUACAAGAGGACGUGUCGUCGAGCUGAGCCUUGGCUGUGUAAGGGCCAGGGGCAGUGCCCGGUGGACAAGAGUAGCAGGAAUGACUGCAAGGCCUGUAGACUGAAGAAAUGUAUCGAGAUUGGAAUGAACCUGGAAGGUUUGCUCUUUAUUUUGUUGGUACAUUAGGGCCAUGAAAUAGAUUGUAGGUUAGCGAGCUGAGUCGGAGUUCUAGAUAGAGAUGUACAGCUAUUUAGCCUGCGAAAGGCAGACGUUUCUCCUCGCUCAUCGCCGUUGAGAGACGUUUCGCGAGGUUCCUCCUCGCGAAACGUCCCUCAGCGGCGAUGAGCGAGGAGAAACGUCUGCCAUUCGCAGGCUAUCAGCUAUUUCGAUCCCUUUAUAGUCUCUCUUUCCUGUUACUGACUAACAUUUAGAGAGACUUAAGGGAUAAGAUUAACGUCACAGGUUGUUCAAAAUCAAAUUUGUAGUCCUCCGCAGGAUUAGCUCGGUCAGUAGAGCGUUUGACUGCAGAGCGGAAGGUCGCGGGUUCGAUUCCAGCGGCGGGACCAAUACUCAGGGUUUUAAAAUAACUGAAAAACCAAUAAAGGCUCUGCCUUUGCUUUGGAAACGGCUGGACCUUGUUCGCAUAGCUCGGAUGACUACGUAAAAUAGCGAUCCCGCCUCCAGAAGGAGACGUAAAAUAGUAUCCUCCGUUAGUACUUUCGUACUAAAUACAUUGACACUCAAAUAAACUACUUUUUUCCAAUCUUAAGGUCCCCAGUAAUACAUUUAUCGACUGCUGGGCAGAAUAUUAAAAGUCAAAGUGAUGUCAAUAAUUGUCAAAAGUAAUUAAGUUUUGGCCUUGACAAGUUUACUCUAGCGAGAAAUAAUAGUAUGGGCAGAACAGAACACAGAUUUGCGGUAACAAACUUUUAGCCGAGAAUUUUCUGUGAUAGCUCUAGUUUAAACGGUCAAGUCUUAAGGACCUUCAAGGUUUCAGAUGGCUUCUAAAAGGCUACAGGGUAAGGAAAACAGAACCCUAGGAAAAGUACUGUUCGUCAGCUUUAAUUUCAUUUCAAUGAUCACAAAGAUUCAUUCAGCAUCUGCAAGUUACAAUAGCAUUUCAUGAUUUCCGGCAAACAGGAAAAAGCGAGUUAAUAACUCCGGCUGUCGGGAUGGUCGCACAUUUUAGUUUCGGAAGAAACAAAAGCCGGUGGGGUCUGCUCAAUUUCAAACACUUUGCGACUUGUCGGCAGUUAUUGCACUCUAUAGUGCAUUGGAUGUUUAUCUCAUGGACCGAAAACAUUUGAUAACAUACUGCCAGUACUUAUCAAGUUACACCGUGCUUUUUGUUCGGUGUUCAUUACAUAAUUGCGCGUUCUUAAUUAUCUUAUCAAAUUGCAAGAUGCUGAAGAAUUCUCUGGUCUAGUAAGAGACAGAUAUUACGGACAAACAAAGAAUAAUAUUGGAAUUUUCGUUCACGAUUGGAACUUUAUUGGCGAAGUUUGUAGCUUUUAGGUAAAAAUCAUUGUUAAUCUUAAUAUCAAGACGAAUAAAACGAUGUCAUGUACUGUAAUUCACCUACUCUACAUUACGUAAUUCACACUGAUAUUAGUAGUUUUCCAAGAGCAGCUUAUUCUAAUGUUUUAAUUGUAAUAUAGAGAAAUGAACUCAAUUAAUAGGUGGUACAAUUGCUCUUAACACUUUAGCUUGGUUAAAGAAACUUGCCGCUUUCUUCGGCUGUUCACAGCUUUUGUAUUGUUUAUGGAAAACAAAACUGAGUAAUUGCGCCUUGUAAGUAACUUGAGCUCGCUACUUAGAUUUUUAUGUAGCGCACCUUUACAAUUAUACAGGAAAAAUAAACUGAUGGCUGUUUUUUUGUCAUAUUAGAGAGUUUUAGACCCGAGUUUACCGCGAACCUCUAACCGCUGAAGGUCACGUGACAAGUCUUUCGCGUCACGUUUGAGGUUUACGACGUGCGUUUUCAACGUGGGGAGGUUGGUUUUCACGUAGGUCAUUUACCUGAAAGCUUUUAGCGUAUAAUUCUUGUUUUAUCUCACGUAAUGAUACAAAAAUCUUGUGGAGCAAGUCUUUAUCCAUUAACACAGGCACAAAUUCGGGCGAAAUGCUAAAUUUGAUAAAUCCUAUUGGAUCUUGAAAACAAGUGCCAUUCAUGGCUGCUGAUUCAAAAUGGCGCCCGUAAAUUUGCAAGAAGAACUAAUGUAAGAAUUUACAGCUCUUUGCUGCUAGAUAACCAAGUGUUAUUCUAUUUCUCCUAUUUCUAAAUGGAAAAAUAAACCAGAAUCCACUUCUUUAAACCACCGCCAAUCUAAAUCGAAUUAUGUUUGAACUUCGAACCGCAAACGGGUAAGCGCCAACCGCGGUUAGAGGUUCGCGGUAAACUCGGAUCUAAAACUCUCUAUUGUUAAAUUUCAACUUCUCCGUGUAAAUGUUGCAGACAUUUCCAAUUUGGAAAUAAGGAACUCACUAAAGGAUAUGUCGUGUUGUCAAAUUCCUGAUUGACGUACAAUCUUUCCAUACUUAUUGCCAAGCUUAAAUGACUUAGUCGAUGAGAGGCCCGGGGGGGGGGGGGGGGAGGGACUCCGCAUAUGAAAGGGGUGGGGAUGCUCGUCGUCUCGCUUAGGGGUGUAAAUUUCCGAUUUUGGUCUCACUUAGGGUGUUCUGGGCAAAACGCCAUCAUAUUUAGCCGUGAAGGUCUCGUUUAGGGUUGCAUGCGAAAAAAUAUGAAAAUAUAUAUUUGAUAUGUAUAUUUUUGAUUCGUUUUCAUCAAUACUUAAAGAAGACGUCUUUGUCCAUUGUUUUCAUUUGUCUGUGUUUUAACAUGGUCUCUUUUAGGGGUCCAAAAAAGCUUGGGCCACGCCCAGAUCGGUCUCCUUUAGGGGUUUAAUUCAAAAUUUCCGACGAGCAUCCCCACCCCCACCCCCCCCGGCAUGAGACGAUAAGCUGAGUUGGGAUAAAAAGGUUCUGCGUUUAUCUUUUUAGGCGUCUACCGUCGUUUCAGAUUCAACGAAGAACUUGUUAAGUCCCCUCCAGCAGAAAGUUUAGCGGACGUCACGCAAGGCGACAUGCGAGUGGACGUCACCCCUCCGCUCGAAUCACAGGGUAGGUUUUUCGAAGGUACCGGUAAUUAUCGAGAUCUGUUUCAUUUGCCCGUAUUUGUAUUCAAGAUCAACGGUUCUAAUAAUUUACAAAGUAAUACAGGACGAUAAAACUGUUCUUUUAGGUUUUGAUUUUAACUGAAAAUCCGCCAUUGCUUCAGUCCGGAAAAGUUGGCGGGACUUUUGACAAACUUUUCUUUAUCAACUGACAUUUUCCCGUUUCUUAUUAUUACAGCUGGUUUAGGUUAUCCUGGUGCGACUCCACAGAUAAGAAUUGUUCAUACAAAAUCAGUCAUGGUCAAAACGGAAGAGCAACAACAUAAUGACAAACAAUACGAACAAAAACAACAACAGCAGCAGCAGCCGCUUCAACAGAUCGAAACACCUGAAACGGAAAAUAACCAGAGAAGACUAUCAAGCCCGAGGUACUUCGAGGAUAGCCAAGGGGAGAAAUUUGUUGCCUCACGCGCCAAUUCGAUGUCAGCCGCUAAAGAUUACUUCAGCUCCACCCGCUCAGUUGCAUUCUCCACCCCUCUCACAUCAAUGACAGCCUCUUCUAUGCCAGGACCUGUGCGAGUAACCUUGGUAUCGCAAGAUAACAAUUCAAACUCUAUACACAGUGCAGUUCCAUCUCAAUCUCGCCACACUAUAGCAACACCUCUAUCAACGCAAAGGUUUCACCCGCCUUCGACUUUUCCGUCCAUUCAGCAGAAUGGCCACACAAGUCCCCCUACGCCCGCUCUCGGGUUUUCUACUUCGGAUCCUGUGACAAACGACCACCGUGGAGCCUCGACGGCAUUAGUAUCCUUUAGGAACGCGCAGAGGCACUUUCAGCCCUCUCAGAUGAGUAUGUCCGAGCUCCAUCAAGCAGUGGAACCUCUUUCAUUCCACUCCUCUGAGCCCCUCCAUGAUGCGGCCUGUCGUCUCCUAACGGUUUCCCUAAGGUUCGGCCGUAGACUACCGUGCUUCAGACGGCUGCCCUUCCGCGAUCAAGUCAUUCUUUUGGAGGAAAGUUGGCGGGAGAUGUUACUUUUGGAUUCAGUGUUCUGGGCGUUGUCACUUUCUUCAGGGGCCAGCAGUGAUAGUGAUCCAAGAGAACAGGAGAUUAAGACAGCUCGAGAAGCUUUGCUACCAUUAAGAACGCUUAAGUUGGACAGUUCAGAGUACGCAUGCCUCAAGGCUGUCAUUCUCUUCAGGACAAGUAAGUCAUUUCCUAACCUCGUUCCCAGGUUCUCUCUCCUACCUGUCGCUCGCUCCGUGGGAACGGGUAGGAGAGACCCCUGGGAACGAGGUUGGUCAUUUCCAAUCAAUUUGGACAAACACCAUUUUGGGGGGGUGGAUAGAGGAGGAAAGCGAAGUUCUUUCUUCCCCACCCCAACCCCCCUCUAUUUCUUGGUAUUGCUGUAGUCCUUACUUUCGUGCCUAGCAUUAGAGUUAUUUUACCAAACCCGUCGGCCGUGAAACAGUAUGUAACAAUUAGUGCCAAAUAGUUACGAAUAAACAAAAGAAAACAAAGAAAUUAAGAGAUUAAUAGUUCGUAUUACUCUGCUAUCUAUUUCUCAGGUUAAGUAAAAUCUCUCCAUCACAGAAACGCUUGCUGUGAAAGCUUUUUAUAGGGACGAUUUCGUUAAAGGACGCAAUUAUUUUGUUUUCCAAUACUAUUUGAUGUAAUUAAAAAAGAAUUGUUGAACGAAAACGAACAAGUUUUUCGUCUACGUGGUUUUUGCAGUCAGCCAUACUCACUUUCUUUGCACUAUACAACAAUAGCUUUGGGGUGUUCUCAAUUACUAUUUUAUGCUUUUUUUCCCUCUGUCAAACUUAGUCUUGUUAUACAUAACAGCGGAAUGAGAGGGGGAAAAACAACAACAGGAGGCCAAAUGUUUUUGUAAUUGCUUUUCUUUCCUUAACCGAUAGGUUCUUAUGGGUCCCGGUUAAUUGUCUGUUGGUCCCUGAUCGAACAACAGUCACAGAUAAACUCUUACAGAGUUUAUUUGGCUCUAUAGCAACGCUAAAAAUAUAUUUUUUUUAUUGGUGUUCUGUUUUCUAAACAGAUAUUCAUGGUCUCAAGUCUAAAGAUCAAGUGGAACAACUUCAGGACGAGGCUCAGCUAUUGUUGGCAGACUAUGUCUGGUCCAGGCUCCCAAUUCAACCCGCUCGGUUCGGCAAAAUACUGUUAAGCGUUGCUUCCUUGCGCAGUCUGGCGGAAAAACCUAUUGAACACUUGUUCUUUAACGCUAGCUCCGCCAAGGAUGUGUUUGAGACAAUCCUAUCACAGGUGAUUAGUUCCAACUAGAGGUCUGAACUUGGAAAAUAAUAUACUAAGGAGUCCGUUACCCGGAACAUUCAGCUCUCACACCUAGCCACGCUUUAUGAAAGGGACUCCGGGAAACUUUUGCUUGUGGAAUCUGGAAUCCCACUAACGAUUGCACUCCGGAAUCCAAGAUCCACUGACAAAUAAUCCGGAAAGUACCAGAGUCAAAAAAGGAACGUAAUAGACUGAUCACGUGAAAGGACUAGUAUUUUAAAUUGCAGUGAAAAACGAUAAGUAGCC